AGAUUUAAAUAAUAAAAAAAAUCUGAAAACAAUUUAAAUAAAAAAUAGACAUUACACUUACUAAUUCACUAAUCAAUGAAAACUACCAUGUUAGACUUUACGCGUUUAAAUAACGUUUCUUCUGGACAAAGAGACUAAGAGAGGGGGAAAUCUGGCCCGACCGGAUCCGCAACCCCAUAGAACGGAUUACACGCGCCACCGCCGUUCGCGGUCCUGAAAUCCAAACUCCACUGGUGUGGUCCGUGCAUCCAUCGGAUCGGGUCGCUCAUUCAACGCCAAAAAGAAAAUGAAAGAAGGAGAGAGCUAAACCAAAAUCUGUCCGUCUCUCUCUAGUCUCUUCUCACUCGCUCACUGCACUUCCAUUCUCCGCCAUCAUUCUCAGACAACUUAGACGGAAAGCUCCAGUUUUCCCUCUUCCAACCCUCGUCGUCGGCAACUUCGAAUCAGUCGACUCCUCCGGGAUCCUGUUUCGCUUAACAAUGAGGAGGCAUCAUCUCCACAACAGGUCGCUCAAGCAGGGAGCCGGAGCACUGAGAGGAUCGGUGGCGAAGCUAUCGAUUGCCGUUCUAGUGCUCUUGAUCUGCACGCUUUCCUUUCUGUUUUCCACUACACUUACCGGAAACAAGGGAUUUACUGGCCCCGCAGAGAUCAAUGUAGAACAGCUAUGGGAAAGUGCUGAUUCCGGUGGUUGGAGGCCAUCAUCAGCUCCUAGAUCUCACUGGCCUCCUCCUCCUAAAGAGAGUAAUGGCUAUCUGCGUGUUCGUUGUAAUGGUGGUCUGAAUCAGCAGCGGAGUGCGAUCUGCAAUGCUGUUCUUGCGGCUAGAAUUAUGAAUGCUACACUUGUGCUCCCUGAGUUGGACGCAAACUCAUUCUGGCAUGAUGACAGUGGAUUCCAUGGCAUUUAUGAUGUGGAGCAUUUUAUUCAUUCAUUGAGGUAUGAUGUGCGAAUUGUUGAAAGCAUUCCAGAAAUUCGUAAAAAUGGCAAAACAAAGAAGAUCAAGGCUGUUCAGAUGCGUCCCGGUAGAGAUGCAGGUGUAGAUUGGUAUACAACAGAGGCUCUCGCGACAAUGAAGCAACAUGGAGCCAUAUAUCUAACACCCUUUUCACACCGUUUGGCGGAGGAAAUUGAUAACCCGGAGUACCAACGACUCAGAUGCAGAGUUAAUUAUCAUGCUUUAAGAUUUAAACCACAUAUAAUGAAGCUAAGUGAAUUAAUAGUUGAGAAGCUACGUACAGAAGGCCACUUCAUGGCUAUACACCUUCGCUUCGAGAUGGAUAUGCUUGCGUUUGCAGGGUGUGUCGACAUAUUUAAUCCAAAAGAACGAGCAAUAUUGCAGAAGUAUCGGAAGGAAAAUUUUGCCGAGAAGGAGCUGGACCCUGAAGUGAGGAGACUGAUGGGAAAAUGCCCACUAACUCCGGAAGAGGUUGGACUUAUUCUACGAGCUAUGGGUUUUGAUAAUUCCACUCGAAUAUUUUUAGCAGCUGGUGAACUUUUUGGUGGGGAACGAUUUAUGAAGCCUUUCAGGGCUCUCUUUCCUCGUCUAGAAAAUCACAGUUCUGUCGAUUCCUCAGAGGAGUUAUCUACAAAGAGCCAGGGAUUGUUGGGUUCUGCUGUGGAUUACAUGGUUUGUCUUCUGGCCGACAUCUUCAUGCCAACAUAUGAUGGACCGAGUAACUUUGCCAACAAUCUCCUGGGCCAUCGCCUUUAUUAUGGCUUCAGAACAACAAUAAGACCUGACAGGAAGGCACUUGCCCCAGUCUUCAUUGCUCGCGCAAAAGGGAAGAAAGCUGGUUUUGAAGAAUCUGUUAGGCGUGCGAUGCUGAAUACCAACUUUGGUGGACCGCAUGAGCGGGUCAGACCCGAGUCAUUUUAUACCAACUCUUGGCCGGAGUGCUUCUGCCAAACAGAAGCAAAAAAUCCAGCUCAUAAGUGCCCCCCUGACAAUGUCCUGCAAGUUCUUCAUAACCAGUUGGAAAGCCAGAUGACAAGCGACUUGGAGUCUCAGCGGGGAAAUCGAACUUCUUCCAUGGAACGAUGAAGAAUCUCGUGUGAGAGUACUACUCAACCAAUUUGGAAGCACAAUUCCAAACCACAUCAUAUUAUAUGUUUUGCCUCAGGUAUCCUGAUGCUGUCAGCUUGUAGUCUUUCCUACUUUGUACAGGCGUCUCAGCAAUCAGUUGGAAGUUGUCAAGUGUGCCCUUCAUAGUUUUUUUCCAGGAACAGUUACAUCUACACUGGUGAUCAUAAAACUAGUGGAGCACUCUACGGGUCAGUAGUUAGAUGGGACAUAGUAGUUGAGCUAUCGACGACAACGUUUGAUGGAUUUGUUUGUUCAUAUGAAAGGAGAGAUCUUCAGAGAUGUAGUUGAAGGCUGAGACAUGGUUCCUGUAUUUAUACGGGUUUCAUUUACCACUGUUUGCUUUUUAUUCAUUGAAUGUCAACCAUUGUUUCUAGAUUGCUGAAAGACUCAUUGUCGGAGUCUUCGUGCUAAUGUUUGGUUCUGGCAAGUUAUAACCAUCGACUCGCCUUACAGCACUUUCAGGUUCAGGUCUAGUCUCCUGUCUGGCAACACAUUGCCACUCUUGGGCGCAAACUUACAUGAAGAGUCUCAAUAGUGUCUAGUAAAUUAUGGGCGGGGCCAGGAUUUGAAGUUCGGGGGGUCGAAAUUUUUUUAGUACGUAUUAUCGUAAAAAAAAAAAACAAAUAAUAUAAAUCCCACAUUACAAUUUAUUAUCUAAGAUAAUUGUUAGCACUAAAAUUAUGAUUUAAAU